GUCGUCCAAGACCAGGCUCGAACUCGGAACCGUAGAGCUCGCGCGCGCGGGGCAGAAUCAGCAAGCGGGCAAAAAACACACAACCGUCGUCGACGAGAAAGAGACCGCGCGCUCGCCAACAGUGUAAUAUGAUUGAAUUGGAUUAGUCAACUGCUGGUAUUAUACCAGAAAACAUCGUUUUUUGAUAGGGGUUCGAUAGGCGAUUUGAGUGAGCGCGAGCGGGGUUUCGCCAAAAACUUGCCAAUCGGGAAUCGGCACGCGCGCGUUUCAGGGUCGUGUCGUCGAGAAUCCGCUUGGAACCCGGCCGUGACUUGUUCCGGAGAAAUUCCGGAAUAUCCGCGCGCACUCCUGUGCACAUUCCUGUGCAUGGUUGAAGGAAAAGAAAUUCUGCGCAGGUGUUUUCUGCGGCUAUUGUUUGUUUUAUAUUUCAUGAUUUUGAGGAAAAAUUGCGAAGAAAGUGCCAGUCCAAGUGACCGAAGUAGGCCUGUAACGGCUGAUCGAUGACGGUCUACUGCGAUCUGUGACAAGCAAAUGAUGCGUAACGGUGCGUGUGAUUUUUGAGUUUGACAGCGAGAGAAAAAAAAAACAACAAACCAAGAAAAAAAUGUUUUUAUUUUAGCGUUAAUGAAAAUUAAUUAAGACACACCGGCUGAUCGGUGCCCGCUCCCACACACAGUCGACCGAGACUUCGGAAGCUGCCGAACGGGCGAAGAAAAAUUGUGACAAAACUCGAAAAUAGAUUUCCGAGCGUGACACACUCACGCAAUGGUGAGGAAGAGAAGUAUUGCGCUUCGUGGGAAAAAUUUGUGCGUUCGUUGUUCACAGCUAAUGCGAAAUUAAUUUCUGACCUCGAGAGUGUUCAGAACCCCCCGAAAAAAAACAACAACAACAAAGCAGUCGAAGAUCUGAAAAGGUGGAUGUGAUUUAAUGACCCCAAAACGGCACACAGUGGUCGUAAAAUCAUCGAAAACAACAAAAACAAAACCCACCACAACACAAAAGUGCAAUUUUAUGACAGCUGUCAAAAUGCAAUAAAAAGCCAAUUUAUCGACCGCAGAUGCAGUUUCGACGGCGAAGAAAGAAGAUGCUGCUGAUCGAUAUCGGCGAAUGACCUCUCCACAAAUUCUGAGAAGAAAGGAAGAAUCAUUGUUGUGCACACACACACCCAAACACGCUGAAAACACAGUUUGACUCGAGUGAGCAAUUAACCCAGCGAAGACGCGACGCCGCCAGCUUGACCACGGCCUCCCUGGCGAAGACCCCGGGCGGCGCUUCGACGUCGACGUCGUCGGCAGAGGUCGUCGGUGCCCCGGAAGUGCCCACCGACCACCGAAUGCAGCCAACCGCACCGCAGAGCACGGGAGGUGGACCUGAUAUGGACCUCCCCACCGUACAGUCCAUGGAUUGGGUGUUCCAGAACAAGCAGCUCUACUUCCUCGCGCAGUAUCUCGCACAGCAAGCUGAAAAGAAGGAAAAACUAUCGACCACAGCCGCCAGCAUGGACGGGUUGUUGAACGCCGCAGCCGGCACCACCACCACCACCGCCAACGCCACGUCCCCGCUGAUGAGCGCCGUCCUGGAGCAGAACGGCGUUACGCCGCCGUCCCCCUCGACGACGCCCCUGUCCGAGGCGGGCAGCACCAGCGGGAAGCUGCUGAUGGACAGCAGCCCGGAUAAGCCAGCCAGCCUGGACGGCGAUGCCCGGCUGGACCUGCUGCGCGAGGUCAAGGCGCUGACCAUCAACAACAACAACAACAGUAGCAGCAACAACAACAACAAAAGCAGUAGUGACAGCUGCAGCAGGGUCAGUCCCAGCCCCGACAAGGACGAAAGUGGGUUAGAUGGUAGCGAACAGGCUAGCAGUAACGACAAAGGCAGCAGUAACGUGCACUGUAACGCAAGUAACGCCAACGAAAGCACAAACAGCACGUCGAAUAACAGCAGCAGUAGCAGUAGUAACGUCGAGGCCAAGGAAGGUGACUCCAAGGAGACCGAAAGCCGGACGACCAGAACGCUGGCGGAGGAACUGUCGGCGAAAAAUAGAGAGAUAUCGGCCCUGUUCGAGGAAGUGGCCCGCCUGCGGACGGCCAUCGCCAACAUCCAGGAGUCGCACAACGUGCAGAUCCAGCGGCUAGAGGACCGCCUCGAGGAGAAGCGGCAGCACAUCGUGCGGUUAGAAUCUCGCAUCGAGAAGCAGCAGGACUUUGACGAUCUGAAGAAGGAAAACAACAUUCUCCGAUCGGUCGACCUGAGCACGUCGCACGACUCGAAGCAGUUCCAGGAACUGCUGCUCGAACGCACCAAAGCCCUGGCGGCCCAAACCGAGGCGAUCAAGUCGUCCAACUCCGAAGGAUCUCCGUCGAGCGGCCAGCCGAAGCCCGCUUCGUCGCCAGCAGCGACGAGCAGCUGCAGCACCGCCACGACCACCAUCCCCACUCACGCUGCUAACGCUUGUAACGCUAGUAACGACCACCUGCCUGUCAACAACAGCAGCGGCAGCAGCAGUAAUGGCAACGCCGUUAGCACUAGUAGCAUUAGCAUUAGCACGCCCGCAGCAAUCAGCACAACGGCUGCAAGUAACAACAACAACAACAUCAACAGCAUCAGCAACAGCUUUGUCUCGAGUCGGAGGCCCAGCGUGACGCCGUCACCGUCGGCCAUUGGUCCGCUGGUGGGCCCUCCGGCCCACGUGAUCUCCGGUAGCAAUAGCCUAGCCCAGCUCAGCUCCUUCCUUCCGCCUCCGUUGCAAAACGUUGAACAGUUUGGCUCGUUUCUGGGUGAGGAGAUUGUCAGCACCUGGCGGCACGGUCUGGAACUACCCCCUCCACCACCGGGCCUGGCCGCGGCAGCAGUCGCCGCCGCCGCACGCAACCAUUCGCAACAGUUACUAAUGAACCACAACCAUCAUCCUCCUCCUCCACCUCCCACAGAUCUGAUUCACCACGAGCAGGACAAGGCUAGCUCCCACCAUGAUAACAACUCUUCGAGUGCGAGUACGCCGAUCCUGCAGGAGAGCUCCCGCCACGACGAGCUCAUGAACGGCGGUGGCCUGACCCCGAUGCGGAUGUCCAAGAGCCCGCUGGAGGACAACAACAACACCCUGCUACCCCUGCCAAACACCGGCCCAAGCCUGAUACAGGGUCUGCCGUUCCAGUUCCAGGAGCGCGGUCACUUCCGGUUCGCCGAAGACCUCCAGCUGCCGCCCGGCGCGAUGGUUGGCCGCCUCGGCGACUCGCUCAUCCCCAAGGGUGACCCCAUGGAGGCCAAACUGCAGGAAAUGCUCCGCUACAACAUGGACAAGUACGCCAACCAGAACCUGGACACGCUGCACAUCUCGCGGCGCGUCCGGGAGCUCCUGUCGGUGCACAACAUCGGCCAGCGCCUCUUCGCCAAGUACGUGCUCGGCCUGUCCCAGGGCACCGUCUCCGAGCUGCUCUCGAAGCCCAAACCGUGGGACAAGCUGACCGAAAAGGGUCGCGACAGCUACCGGAAGAUGCACGCCUGGGCCUGCGACGAGAACGCCGUCCUGCUGCUCAAGUCGCUGAUCCCGAAAAAAGGUAAAGAACCCGGAAUGCCAUCGUUUGGCCGGCCCGAGGGCUCCGACAUGAACGACGACCGAAUCCAGCACAUUCUCUCGGAGGCCCAAUCGAUGAUCAAGCGGGAUCCGCCGCCGGGUCCGCACCACCCGCAUCCGCACCCGCAGCUGCACCAGCAGCUCCAGCUGCAGCAGCAACUGCAGCUCAACUCGCUGGACGACUCCCAGCACAGUGAUAACGACUCCAAGUCGCCGCACAGCCGGGACGUCCAGUCGCCGUUUGCCAAAGAUUACCUGAACCGACGGGCCGCGAUGAAGAAGUUCAGCGACAACAACGACGACAUCCCCCAGGACAAGAUCGCCAAGAUCUACCAGGAGGAGUUUUCGAAGCUGAUCAGGAGUCCGCGCGAGUUUCCAAAUUUCCUCUUCCCGCACUUCCUCGGCGGUGGCAUGCCACCCAUGGAGCGCCCAGCCCAGGACGACAACAUCCGGAUGGCGCUGGAGGCGUACCAUCGCGAGCUGGCCAAGCUGCAGCAGAAUGCCGCAGCUGGAGCCGGCAUCCCCAGCAUGCCAAACAUCUCCAACCUGCCCAACUUCCUGGCGUUGCACCAGCAACACCAACAACAACAGCAGCAGCAGCAGCAACAAGCCGCAGCUCAACAGCAGCAACAACCCCCUCACCAUCCGACCGGACUCAACGGCUCCGUUCAGGAUCUCUCGCUCCCAAAGGAGAAACAGAUGGCCGCCGCCGGCAGCAAGCUAAACGGCUCGAUGACCGACCUCGAGAGCGAAAUCGACGCCGCCAACAAGGAGGUGGACGACGCCAUGAAGCACAGCGCGUUCAGCAUGGUCAAGCCCAAACCCGAACCGGGCACGUGCACUCCCACCACCACGGCUUCGUCCGCCCCGAGCCCCAUCAGCAACAGCAUCCUGCCACCGGUGAUCGCCCCGUCGGAGGAGUUCUCCGUCUCCGCCAGCCCGCUCCAGCGAAUGGCCUCCAUCACUAACUCGCUCAUCACGCAACCUCCGGUCACGCCGCACCACUCUUCGCAGCAGCGACCGCUCAAAGCCAUCCUGCCUCCGAUCACUCAGCAACAGUUUGAUCUCUACAACAGCCUAAACACCGAGGACAUUGUGCGCCGGGUCAAGGAAUCCCUCUCCCAGUACUCCAUCAGCCAACGCCUCUUCGGCGAGUCCGUGCUCGGCCUGUCCCAGGGAUCCGUGAGCGACCUGCUCGCCCGGCCCAAACCCUGGCACAUGCUGACCCAAAAGGGCCGCGAACCGUUCAUCCGCAUGAAGAUGUUCCUCGAGGAUGACAACGCCGUGCACAAGCUAGUCGCCAGCCAGUACAAGAUCGCGCCGGAAAAGCUCAUGCGAACCGGCAACUACAGCGGAACGCCCCAAAUCCCCGGCAUGAUGGUCAAAAACAUGCCCCCGAUGCCCAAGAUGCUCAGCGACUCCAUCAACAAGCUCCAGCAAGACCAAAAGACGCUCCUCCAGCUGCAAAUGUCCCAGAUGCAGCAAAUGCCACCCACUUCCCAAGCGCAGCAAAUGCAACAGCACCAGCAGCAACUCCACCAACAGCAACUCGCAGCCGCCGCCGCUGCCCAGCAUCAAGCCCAACAAGAAGCCGCUGCGGCAGCAGCGGCCGCCGCCGUUCGCCAACCCCCCUCCUCCCAACCAUCCCCCGUCCCCAGUCAAACCUCCCAAUCCAGCCGGCAGCAACCAUCGCCGCAAACGAUGCUGCUAACCCCGCCCGGAAUCCCCCCGCAACACGCCAUCACGCUCCAAACGCCCCACGGAGGCGGUGGAGGUGCCCCCUCGGACAAAAAGUCCUCCUCCAUCAUGAUGGGUAUCCACUCGCCCCAGCAGCAGCAGCAGCAGCAGCACACCCCGCCCUCGUCCGGCCAGCCCGGACCGCCGCCGGGGGUAAACUCGAUGCGCGGAGCGCUGCACCAGCACAUCUCGCCGACUGUGUACGAGAUGGCGGCGCUCACCCAGGACCUGGACACCCAGGUCAUCACGACGAAGAUCAAGGAGGCGCUGCUCGCGAACAACAUCGGGCAGAAGAUCUUCGGCGAAGCCGUUCUCGGUCUUUCGCAGGGAUCCGUCUCGGAACUGCUCUCCAAGCCUAAACCCUGGCACAUGUUGAGCAUCAAGGGCCGGGAACCGUUCAUCCGGAUGCAGCUGUGGCUCAGCGAUUCCAACAACGUCGAGCGGCUACAAAUGCUCAAGAACGAGCGACGCGAAGCCAGCAAACGGCGAAGGUCAACGGGACCGGGGGCGCAAGAUAACAGCUCGGACACCAGCAGCAACGACACGUCCGAGUUUUACCACUCGAACUCGCCCGGACCGGGAUCGGUCGGAUCGGCUGCGGCCCCUCCCAACAAGAAACAACGCGUGCUGUUCUCCGAAGAGCAGAAGGAAGCGUUGCGGCUGGCGUUUGCGCUGGAUCCGUACCCGAACGUGCAGACGAUCGAGUUUUUGGCGACGGAGCUGGGUCUUUCGACGCGAACCAUCACCAACUGGUUCCACAACCACCGGAUGCGACUGAAGCAGCAGGUCCCGCACGGGCAGCCCUCGGAGCCGAUUCCCUCGCGGGAGAACCAAACCGGCGCGCCGUUCGAUCCGGUCCAGUUCCGCGUGCUGCUGAGCCAGCGGUUGAUGGAGAUCCAGAAGGAGCGGCUGGGACUGAGUGGGGUUCCGCUGCCGUACCCGCCAUACUUUGCCGCCAACCCGAAUCUAGCGGCGCUCAUCGGCCGAGGGUUCAUCCCCGGCGAUGUGGACCUGGCCGCGCUCAACAAAGCCGUCAGCGAGCAGAUGAGCGGGCUGGACCUGUCGAUGCCGUCGUCGGUGAAGCGAGAGGGCGAGGAGGAUUACGAGGAGGACGGUGACCACGACGGGGAGAGUCACGUUUCGGACUCAGAAUCGAUGAACGACAACCGGGGCGGAGACGGAACGGACGACCAGCACUCGGUGUCGGGGCUUUCGUUGGCGAGCCUGCACGCCAUGUCGCGGAUCAGCCGGAGGAAGCCGGCGGCGCCGCAGUGGGUCAACCCGGACUGGCAGGCCGACGACAAGAAAUCCAACAUUCCAGGCGGUGAAAAGAAGGACGCCGCCGACAUCAUCAACGGCGUGUGCGUGCUCCAGCCGGACAACGUGCCAUCGGUGCAGCAACGGUUUGUUGCGGCGAUGGCGGCGGCGGCUGCGGCCGUAGCAGCGGCUGCGUCCGGCAGCGAUCACGACGAUCAGGACGAUGCCAGAUCGACGCACUCGAGGCAAUCGGGGGAGGAGCAGCGAGAGGUUGGUGAGGAGGAGGGUCGUGCGGAAAAGGACGCUUCCGAGUCGGCGGCGGCGGCUGCGACCACGGUGGAAAACAGUGGUGACAACUCCGAGAAGGAGGUCCAGGUCAAGACGGAACUGAUGGAGGAGGGUGGAGGUGAGCGGUGGGAGUAUUAAGCGCGCGCGCGUCAGGUGACAGGUUAUGAACCAAAACACGAGGCGCGCCCGGCAUGCUGCGAUCGGGAAACAAAAUGGCAAGGUCAGUGCAAUCGAAAACAAAAAUAGCUAAAACAAAGAGAGAGAAGGAGAGAGAGGUAAACAAUAACAGAUAAACAAAACAAAAAAAAAAACAGAGUAAAGUCUGAACGCGCUUCCGCGAGCUUUCAAGAAGUGGCGAAAGUGGCCAGUUUGCAGACGAAAAUGUGAUUACAGAAGAAUGUCUCCCGCAACUCUUCUACCUUUUUUAAGUUGUUAUCCAUGUUUUACCGCGUGUAGGAAAGCUCGUACUAUUCUUUUUAAGUGUAUAGAAGAUAGAUAAAGAAAAACUGUCUGACUGCGAUCCAACUUCCUCAGUUGUAAACGUACAUGUUUAUAAAUAUUUCUUACAAAAAACAAUUAUUUUUCCUGUAAAUACUUCGUUUUUACGUAACUUACAAACGGCUAAGUUUACUCUUUUUUCCUUCUUUUGAACUAUCAAUAUAAGAAGACUGUUACAGCAAGUUUUAAAUAUAAUAUUGACGAGAAAGGUAAAAUAAUUAGUAGAUUUUAAGCCGCUAGCCUAACUUCUAAGUCGAAUAAACACACACACACACAUACACACUUUUUUAUAAAGGGAUGACCCGAGAACCUUCUAUAUUUUUCUGUUUUUAGCUGUAAAACAAACCACGGGAAACAUGAUAAGUUUUCCCCUCAAAUUGCAUUUACUUCUACCCCAAUUUGAACUCAAUCAACACGAACACACACACACACAAUUGAUGAUGAAAAUAAUAACAUGAACGUACUUAUAGGUGAAUAAAUAGCGAUAAAUGUCUCCAUCGAAAAAGUUUGAAAAAACACACUUUUUCGCAUAAAAGUUAAAAUAAUCAAAAAGUGGGCAAAUCGCGAACGCAAAAUCAAAACAAAAGGGUGGAGGAGAUUCAGCAAACUUAUAUUCUUGGGAAGCUUAUUUUGUACAUAGAUAAACAAUGUGAAUAGAUUCCCGAUUUGAUGAACCUACACAAAUAAGAUGAAAAUGGCCAAAUAUUUAGCUGGUAGUGAAAAACCGUCGUGGGAAAUAGAUAAAAUUUUAUGAUUAUUUUAAACGUCGCGAUCCUUUACACCAAUAUGGGUUUGGCUUUUAGCACAGCAUCACAGCAAGCCGAGAGGGUUUGAUUAACCUUUUUUGCGUUCAAAUUUUAGAAACCUCAGUUUCCAUAGCCUGCUGAGUGCGGAAACGGAAUUAUUACACAAUUAGAGCAAAACGUUACAGGAUUUUAGAAUGAAAAAAAGUAAAACUCCUUCCCUUUAAUAUUUGCAUGAUUAUACAAAAAAUCACCACUUUGAACAAGCUAACACAACAAAAAAAAUAACAAAUAAAGAAACGAUCUCAAAACCAACCAAAUAUAUUUAAACACAAACGAACAAAAAAAAAAAAAUAAAGAAAGUGAGAGAAGCAGCAAAUCUCCGUAAGCAAAUAAGAUUGUCAUUAAAAAGUCAGUAAUCGAAUUUCCAAACUCGUUUUAGACGCCCGCCGCUGCGCGGCAAAUUCUUCUUCUUUUUGUCACAGCUGAAGAAUUCGCCAAAAUGGCGCGCUGCGUCGCAAAGGUGUGAAUCUCUUUUGUACAUAUAUAUUUUCCUCAGUUUAGAUGAAAACAAAAAAUUAAAUGCGUAUUUAAAAGUAAAACUUAUGCAGCAUUAAUUUGAAGUCGGAAGAAAAACAAACAAAACAUGAAUUUAGCCCCCGAGCAAAAAUAAGUAAAAAAAAGAACAAGAAAUUGAGAAAAUUGUUUAUUUUUCUCGCCCCGAAGAUGAACGCAUAUCCGAAUUUAAUGGAACAAAGGUCUAGUAUUUAUUCAGAAUUUUAACAAAACGAACAAAGAAAUCUUACUCAACACACACACACACACAUUUGACAUCAUCCAUAAUUACGUGUGAAAAAAACGCAAAAAGAAAAAAGAUAAAGGAACCACAGUCCUUGCAAAAAUAAAAACAAACGUUAAAUUGUAUAGCGUUAAUUGGGUUUCUUAAACAUUUCUUUUCUGACGCGAUGAUUUUCUCCCGGGAAUCAACCUGCAAAAAGUUGGUUCGUGGCGAGGAAAGUGUAAGAAAAUCUUAUUAAAAAUUACACAUUAUGAUAAAGAAAGAAACAAUCAAAUUGUUUGAUUUAAAACGAAAAUAGCUAGGAAUGUGAAUUUUAUACAAGCAGAAUAUAAAUUAUUAAAGAAAACAUUAAUAAUCCAGUAAAAAAAAUCAAGAUUGGAACAAACAAGUAAUUUUAAAAAGAAACAGGAAAAUUGCAAUACGUAAAACACAGCAUUCAAAAAAUAACCCCCAAAAAAAAGAGUCAACAUUCUUUGGAAGCGAAAAAAAAGUUUUAAAAAACGAAAAGGCGCGCGCUCAUAGUUCAAAUGUUUAUUUCCUUAUAUGUUUUGUGUUCUCAAAGAGUUUACAAUUGCAAUUUUUGAAUCGAAUCGAAACGAAAACCUUUAAAUUAAAAAUAAAAACUACAAAAGUCGACUUUACGAAAGUUGCGCUGUCGUACCCGCACACAAGCCCCCCCACAAAUUAAGUUUUUAAGAGAGAGAAAAAAAAUGGAAUUUGUUAACUUAUUAUCGGUUAGUUUUUUAAAAGCAUAUUAUAUCUUAUUCUCUAUUAUUAUUGAAAUACCUUUAAAGAAUUAGAGAAAAAAAAAACAAUAAUGCUACGUUCUAAUUUUACUGAACACGGAUCCGCUUCGGAUGAGUUCAACCGUACCUUUCCCUUAUUUUAGCAAAAAAAAAGAAACAACAAAAAAAAAAAACGCGAUGGUUUAGUUUAGGGAAAAACGUGCAUGAAAAGUGUGUGUAGAUAAAUGAAGCGAAAUAAAGUUAAUUCUUUCCCCCCGCGUAAGCAAAAAAAUAAAAAAACAAAAAACAUCCAACAAUCAGAACAAACAAAAAACUGUAGUAAAAGUGGGUUUUAUUUGAACGGGAAAACCGUGCAAACAAAAGGUGGUAAUUAUAAAGCAGGCAUUGUAAAAUUUAAGUGUCUAUACAAGAACAAGAAACACACACACAUCCACACAAACAAAAACACACAGAAACGAAGAAAAAAACACGUGGAGUUAAGGUAAAUUGUAACAUGUAAUGGAAAAUAUUUAAAAACAAAAAAAACGGCAAAAAAUUAAAUAUACAAGUUUAGCUCUAGCCAUGAAAUGAAGAAACGGAAAUCCAGAACUUUCGAUGCUCGGAGGCAAACCGUGAAAAUUUUGAAAGGAUCGUAAAAAAUAAAACAAAAAA